AUGGAUGUGCUCAUGGCCCGCGAGCGCAGAUAUUUGAGGUUUGUCAAGCCCUCAUAUGACAACUUCGUACUCCCAACCGCACGACAUGCCAAUAUUAUUGUCCCUGGGUCCGACAACAGUAUCGCUAUUGACAUCAUUUCCACACAUAUUCGUCGACAAUUGGACGAACGUGCCACGCGUCUCAGGCAGCGUCUCGCUGGCGCCGUACCGCGCGAUUUGACACCAGAAGCCCUCAACCCGGAUCCAACGAAGGAAUACCUCAAUCUAACACUUCUACCGCAGACACCACAACUGAAGGGCAUGUUCACUAUCCUCAGGGAUAACUCAACGCGUAGAGGGGACUUUAUUUUCUUCGUGGACAGGCUCUCUACCCUACUCGUCGAAAAGGCCAUGGAAUUACUUCCGUAUCGCCAGAAAACGGUGGUGACGCCUUGCGAGGUAGCUUAUCAUGGCAAGGAAUUGGAUGCUGAGUAUGUAUGCGGUGUAUCAAUAGUUCGAUCAGGUGGACCCCUGGAGCGUGGUCUGCGACGGGUUGUCAACGCCAUCCCGAUUGGUUCACUUCUCAUUCAGUCUGAGGCCGCGACGGGCGAGCAGAUUCUUUUGCAUCUGCAACUUCCGAUCUGUCUUCGCCAUCGACACCUCGCGGAGCAAAGCUGGGUCUUUCUGCUAGAUGCUCAGAUCGGCACGGGAGCUGCAGCAUUCAUGGCAAUUCGUGUACUACUCGAUCAUGGCGUGCCCCAAGAUCACAUAAUCUUCAUCACUUUCCUCGUCGCACGCUGCGGCGGAAUUACCGUUUUGCAGCGUGCGUUUCCUCAGGUGAGAAUCGUAUCCGGCGCCGUCGACAGUAGUCUACGAGAGACCUGGCUGGAGGGUGUCGAAGAUGAUGAUGGUCAGACCGCCGCGGAAGGUCGUAAGGUAUGGGUAGUGGAGCCUGGAAUGGGUCAAAUUGAUUUUGUUGUGGUUCUUGCACACUCGACGUUGUGGAAUUCAAUGUGA